AUGGAUUCUUCCAGAGGCCCGCCACGGGUCAAGAACAAGGCCCCUGCGCCUCAACAGAUAUCCGCCGAACAACUCCUCCGCGAAGCUGUGGAUAGACAGGAGCCUGGCCUACAGGCACCCACUCAACGGUUCGCCGAUCUCGAAGAACUCCAUGAAUUCCAGGGUCGCAAGCGCAAAGAGUUUGAAGACUACGUCCGUCGUAACAGGAUUAAUAUGAACAAUUGGAUGCGAUAUGCUCAAUGGGAAUUGGAACAGAAGGAAUAUCGGCGAGCCAGAUCCAUUUUUGAACGGGCGUUGGAUGUCGACAGUACGAGUGUCGUCCUAUGGAUCCGGUACAUCGAGGCGGAGAUGAAGACGAGAAACAUCAAUCACGCCAGAAAUUUGUUAGACAGAGCAGUCACGAUUCUACCCCGAGUUGACAAACUCUGGUACAAGUAUGUCUACAUGGAAGAGACGUUGGGCAACGUUCCGGGGACAAGACAAGUCUUCGAGCGAUGGAUGAGCUGGGAACCCGACGAGGCAGCUUGGCUGGCGUACAUAAAGCUGGAGAAGAGAUAUGGCGAAUAUGACAGGGCGCGGGCCGUAUUCGAACGCUUCACUAUCGUUCAUCCAGAGCCACGAAAUUGGAUCCGGUGGGCAAAGUUCGAAGAGGAGAAUGGGACUAGCCAACUGGUUCGAGAUGUGUUUGGCGUUGCAAUUGAGACCUUGGGCGACGACUUUAUGGACGAAAAGCUCUUCUUUGCGUAUGCAAGGUAUGAAGCCAAGCUCAAGGAGUAUGAGAGGGCGCGGGCGAUCUACAAAUACGCCUUGGACAGACUCCCGCGUUCUCGGUCUACAGCACUCCACAAAUCCUACACGCAAUUUGAGAAACAAUUCGGUAGCCGGGAAGGCGUGGAAGACGUCAUUCUCGCCAAGCGGCGUGUGCAGUAUGAGGAACAGUUGAAGAGCAAUCCCCGGAAUUACGACAUCUGGUUUGAUUUUGCCCGGCUGGAGGAAACCGGGGGAGAUGUUGAACGUGUCCGCGAUGUAUACGAACGAGCAAUUGCGCAAGUCCCUCCUUCGCAAGAAAAGCGGCACUGGCGGAGAUACAUCUACCUCUGGAUCUUUUAUGCCUUGUGGGAGGAAAUGACGAGCAAAGACGUGGAGAGGGCGAGGCAGGUAUACGAAGAAUGCCUCAAACUGAUUCCACACAAGAAAUGGACGUUUGCCAAAAUUUGGAUCAUGAAGGCGCAAUUUGAGGUCCGUCAAAUGCAGUUGCAGGCGGCGAGAAAGACUCUGGGGCAAGCCAUUGGCAUGUGCCCCAAGGACAAAUUGUUCCGAGGAUACAUCGAACUGGAAAAACAGUUAUUUGAAUUUGUGCGGUGUCGAAAGCUGUUCGAAAAGCAAAUUGAGUGGAACCCGUCCAACAGUCAGGCUUGGAUUCAGUUCGCCGAGCUCGAGCGGGGACUGGAUGAUCUGGAUCGAGCGAGGGCUAUUUUCGAAUUGGGGAUUGAACAGCCGACCCUUGACAUGCCUGAGCUGGUAUGGAAAGCAUACAUUGACUUCGAGGAGUAUGAAGAAGAAUACGAUCGGGGUCGAGCAUUGUAUGAGAGACUCCUACGCAAAACGGACCACGUCAAAGUCUGGAUCAAUUAUGCGCGAUUUGAAAUUAACGUGCCGGACCCCAACGAGCCGGAGAGGGGAGAGGAUGACGAACAACGGGUGAGCGAGGAAGCGAAGAGGCGGGCACGUAAGAUCUUCGAGCGAGCUCAUGAAGUGUUCAAGUCGAAGGAAAUGAAGGAAGAACGAGUAGACUUGUUGAACGCGUGGCGAUCGUUUGAGCAGACGCAUGGAUCUGCGGACGACAUUGAGAAGAUCGAGAAACAGAUGCCUCGUCGGGUGAAGAAGAGGAGAAAGGUUGAAGAGGAUCGAUUCGAGGAGUACGUUGACUACGUGUUCCCUGCAGACGACGAAAGUGCAGCUAGGAUGUCCAAGUUGUUACAGAUGGCCCAUGCCUGGAAGGCGAAACAGCAAGCGAACGGAGCUGGAGAGUGA